UCUCUCUCUCUCUCAGAUUCACGAUUCGGAUCUGAGCCAGAAGCAGAAGGGCGAAGGCAGAAUCGAUUGAUCGGGCGCUUGUAGCCAUACUACGUAACGAUCGCCGAUCUGGAGCCGUUACAGGAUCCGCCGCAGUCCCUGAAGACGACGGCGGCUUCCUCCGCUACCGGAAACGGCCAGAUCCGGUACCGUUCUCCCUCCUCCGCCGAGCUCCUGGAGUCCGGUCUGGCUACCGGUUCCUCCGGUAACAUUUCCCCUACCUCCGAGCCUCACCAGGGCCUCCUCUCCAUCGACGGUGGUAAGAUGACGGCCAAGCGACGACACGAAUCCCUCGCCGACAAGAUCCAGCGUCAUCGUGGCCUUCUUCUGCUGGUCUCGGUUCCUCUUGUUCUGAUCUCUCUCGUGCUUCUGUUGAUGCCUGGGAGAUCGGCCUCCGACACGGUCAUUAAGGAGUACGAGGUUAAUAACCGCAAGCUCGAGCCGAGUUCGAGGGGUCCCAGGAAUUACGCUGUGAUCUUCGAUGCGGGGAGUUCCGGAAGCCGCGUGCACGUGUUCUGCUUCGAUCAGAAUUUGGAUCUUGUUCCUAUGGGCAUUGAACUCGAGCUCUUCCUUCAGCUAAAACCGGGCUUGAGUGCAUAUCCCAGUGAUCCCCAGCAAGCAGCAAAUUCUUUGGUGUCUCUUCUUGACAAAGCAGAAGCUACUGUUCCCCGUGAGUUGCGUCGGAAGACUCCUGUUAGAGUUGGGGCAACUGCAGGGUUGAGGACUUUGGGUCAUGAAGCAUCUGAGAAUAUCCUGCAAGCGGUUAGGGAUCUCCUGAAAGAGAGGAGCACCCUAAAAAGUGAGGCUAAUUCUGUCACUGUUCUGGAUGGUACUCAAGAAGGCUCUUAUCAGUGGGUGACGAUCAACUAUUUGUUGAGGAAUUUGGGGAAGAAGUACUCAAAUACCGUCGGAGUGGUUGAUCUUGGUGGGGGGUCUGUCCAAAUGGCCUAUGCUAUAUCGAAGGAAGAUGCUGCAACUGCACCAAAGCCUCUAGAUGGAGAGGACGAAUACGUCAGGGAAAUGUAUCUGAAGGGACAAACGUAUUAUCUCUAUGUUCACAGCUACCUGCAUUACGGGCUACUGGCGGCCCGAGCAGAGAUCUUGAAAGUUUCUGAAGAUUCUAACAACCCAUGCAUCUUGGCAGGCUAUGAUGGUACUUACAAAUACGGAGGAGAAAAUUACAAGGCCACAGCUUCUCCAUCUGGCGCAAGUCUUGAUGAAUGCCGGAGGGUAACCCUUAAUGCACUGAAAGUGAACGAUUCAUUGUGCACACACAUGAGAUGCACAUUCGGCGGCGUAUGGAACGGCGGUGGAGGUGAUGGCCAAAGGAAUCUAUUCGUCGCUUCAUUUUUCUUCGACCGUGCUGCCGAGGCCGGAUUCGUCGACAAGAACCAGCCGGUGGCUAAAGUACGUCCACUGGAUUUCGAGAAAGCGGCCAGACGUGCUUGUAACACGAAGAUGGAAGACGGAAAAUCCAAGUUCCCGCAUGUCGAGGAAGAUAACCUCCCCUACUUGUGCAUGGAUCUUGUUUACCAAUACACUCUUCUCGUGGACGGAUUGGGCAUGGAGUCAUCACAGACAAUAACGUUGGUGAAGAAAGUGAAAUAUGGAGAUUUCGCCGUGGAGGCUGCUUGGCCGCUCGGAAGUGCCAUCGAGGCCGUUUCUUCACCCUGAAUGGAAGAAAGGUUCUCCCCACCCAAUUUUGGAAACUCCACCCACUAUUUUUUUCUCUCUCGUCACUUCGGCUCAAAUUAUUACAAUCAUCCGUAACGCAGGUAAUAUUAUUAUGAUUUUUUUUCCC